CGGGUCCUUGCCCGGUUGCGUAGCAGCUACGAGGACGCCGACUGAGCCGGAAGCGGCGCGCGGUGCGGGGUCCGAGGCGGGAUCCGGCCCAGCGUUGGGACCCACCAUCCUUGGGCCCUAGGCAGAAGGACGCGUCUUUGGGUUCACGCAACGGUGUGGGGGCGAGAGCAGUCCACACUAACCCGGAAGGCUCUUCUUGAACUUCCCAGACAGUGACAAGACACCCUACACACACACCUACCCCAGGCUGAACAGCCAGGAGCCGGGAGCCAAUGGCCAGCGACAGAGCCAUACCCUGUGAGCUCGACCAAGAGAAAUAUGAUGCUGAUGACAACGUGAAGAUCAUCUGCCUAGGGGACAGCGCUGUGGGCAAGUCCAAACUUAUGGAGAGGUUUCUCAUGGAUGGAUUUCAGCCACAGCAGCUGUCCACGUACGCCCUGACCCUGUACAAGCACAAGGCCACAGUGGACGGCAGGACUGUCCUUGUGGACUUUUGGGACACGGCAGGCCAGGAGCGGUUCCAGAGCAUGCACGCCUCCUACUACCACAAGGCCCACGCCUGCAUCAUGGUGUUCGAUGUGCAGAGGAAAGUCACCUACAAGAACCUGAGCACCUGGUACACAGAGCUUCGGGAGUUCAGGCCAGAGAUUCCGUGCAUCGUGGUGGCCAAUAAAAUUGAUGCAGACAUAAAGAUGACCCAGAAGAGCUUCAAUUUUGCCAGGAAAUUCUCCCUUCCCCUGUACUUUGUCUCAGCUGCUGAUGGAACCAAUGUCGUGAAGCUCUUCAAUGAUGCAAUUCGGUUAGCUGUGUCUUACAAACACAACACCCAGGACUUCAUGGACGAGGUUUUGCAGGAGCUCGAGAACUUUGAUUUGGAGCAGAAGGACGACGAUGUGCCGGACCAAGUGCAGUGUGGCAGCCUUGAGAGCCUCUCCCCUUCCUGAGUCAGAGAAGGAAGCCUCUCCUCGUGGACUUGGGGGGUUGGGGGGUCUUCCAGAAUAGCCUCCCCUCAGCAACCCUCCAGCUCUGAACUGAAAAACUCUUGCAGGCCAUCCCCUCUCUACCUCCUGCAAGCCCACCCGUUCCAUUUCCCUCCCCCACCCCCCAUGGCCCAUGAUACCUGCCCUUCCACAGUUGACCCCCCCCACUCCCGUACUCAGGGACAGGGAUGGGGUCUGCACCGGCACACACCCUCGACAGGUGUGAGAGGUCCACAGCAGAGCCUGGCGCAGAAUUAGAGAUUAGUACCCUAAGCCUCCCCAGGUUGUGUGAGGGCAGUGAAGAGCUUCAGGGAACAUGCUUUGUGUAUCUCUCAAAUAAAAGGAAAUUGAGGUGUGUUUUCUCUCCCAGAACUGACCUCAGGGCCUAUUCAUUGCGUUUCCACCAAGGGAAUUAUUUCUAAUCCCUGACCACCCUAUUCCCACCUCUAUGGGCUUGGGGGCCUCCAUUCGUUUUCUUCUUUGGUCCCCCAACCAACUUUUUUAAGAAAUGGUUUUGAGCAGACAGCUGUUCAUCCUACAGGUUUCUCAGGGUACCUGGGUACCACCGGCACACUGGGUAAACUGUGGCCCAGAUCACAGGACAGGUUGGCCAUUAAAGCCAAGGGAAAUAGGCAACAAGUCUAACCACACUUAGCAAUACCACGGCACACCCAUUUGGAUUAGAAGCGCUUCCCUUAGCCCUGUUUCAGCUUAUGAGGCUUCCCUCCCCCCUCCUUUUUUAAGGACUAUUUGGGCACUGCUUUGUGGGGAAGGGAGAAGGGCCACCCUGCUGCCUUUCUCACUUAUCUCCUGGACUUGAGGAUCACUAGUGUGUAUGAUCGUCCUGUGCAUCAUUUCCAUUGUUUUCAUUUUUAUAGUAAAGCUUGACUUAACACGAA